AAAGUAAACCGCAGAUUAUAAUCGGUGUGUAUUACUAUUAGUGUACUUGUCCCGGUAUUUCUUUUUGUAAAAUGCAUAUCAACGGUGAUGGAACUGGUGAUGGGCGUGGGAUUCCGACUGGGGAAGAAAUCGUUAUCAGUGGAAUGUCGGGAAAGUUUCCCGCGUCCAAAAAUGUUACGGAGUUCAUGGACAAUUUGUAUCGUAAGAUAAAUAUGGUGAUAGAAGUGGAGCCGGAUAUACAGGACCCUGAGUACCCGAAGCAUGGAGGAAAGAUUGACGAUAUAGAUAAAUUCGAUGCAACAUUUUUCAAAGUAACGAAAAAGCAAUCUUUGAGCCUGAAUGCUCAGUGCAGGCAGCUGAUGGGCUAUGCAUAUGGCGCUAUUUAUGAUUCGGGAAUAAAUCCUGUUCAAAUGCAGGACGAAAAGUUGGGCAUAUUUAUUGCAUCGUCUACUCUUGGUGAUAAAGAUAUAUUGACAGAUAAUUGUAAUAAUAUGAAGACAAGUAAUAAUUUCUUCAUAAGUGGGUCCAGUAAAGCGAUGUACCCUAACAGAAUAUCGUAUUGGUUCGAUAGCAAGAGCCCUUCUUACUACGUCGACUGCGGAUGCGUCGGGUCCAUGGCGGUUGUCCACCUCGCCUUCAACAGCAUCGUCGCCGGAGAAUGCGAGGCGGCUUUGGUCGGUGGAUGUAGCCUAUGUCUCAGUUCUACCGUAACUCUCAACCUCAUCAAUGCUGGCUUACUAUGCAAUGAUGGUAAAACUAAAUGCUUUGAUAAACGAGCAGAUGGAUACGUGAGGUCUGAAACCAUCGGUUUCCUGUUCUUACAGAAAGCUAAGGACGCAAAGAGAAUAUAUGCAGAAAUAUAUCACACAAAAUUAGGAUAUUGUAGUUCACCGUUAAAUAACAGGCAAAUUGUACGUCACAGUAAUUCAAAUGACAUCAUCAAAUUCUUAAAGAAAUUUUAUUCUGAAAUCGAUGUUUCUCCUCAAGAAGUAGAAUAUGUGGAAGCAAACGGUAUCGCUAAUGCAGAAGACGAUAAAAAUGAACUAGAAGCUAUCGGUGAGAUAUUCGGCAACAAAGAGAGGGCAGUCAAAAUAGGAUGCGUCAAAUCUAACAUGGGGAACAGUGAAUCUGCUUCAGGAUUAUGUGCUCUUACAAAGGUUUGUUUAGCAUACAGGAAUGGGGAACUUUCCGGUAACUUACAUUACGAAAACCCCCACGAUGACGUAGACGCUGUCCGGGAUGGAAGAAUUGAAGUUGUACAUGAAAACACUCCUUUCAAAAGGAGAUUUGCUGCCGUGAAUAGCUUUUCAUAUACUGGCCCGAUGGCACAUGUCCUUUUAAAAGGGCAUUACAAAGAAAAGAAUGUCGAGAAAUAUAUAACAAAUAUACCAUACUUGGUAAAUGUUUCGAGUAGAACCGAGGAUAACGUUGGUAACAUGCUUGACAUUUUAGCAGCGAUGCCCAUCGACGCCGAAUACAUUGGUCUUCUGCACAAUAUUCAUAAAAUAGUUACAUCAGGACAUACCGUACGAGGCUACAUCAUCCUGGGUUCUAAAUUUGACGGGGAAAAUAAGAAAACAUGUGUUUUAAGUAAAAGUAUUCAACACUACAGAGGAGUCAAGCCUCCAGUUUGCUUUAUGUAUAGCGGGAUGGGAUCGCAGUGGUGUAGGAUGGGAGCUGAUCUCAUGAAUAUACCAAUAUUUUCAGCAGCUAUAGAAAAAUGUCAUAAAGCUCUUGAACCAAAAGGCGUGAACAUCACCGAUAUUUUAACGUCGAAAGAUCAAACCAUAUUCGACGAUAUAAUGAAUUGUUUUGUUGGUAUCACAGCUGUACAAAUUGGUCUGACUGACAUUCUACGAGCGUUGGAUAUUGUUCCUGAUUGCAUCAUUGGGCAUAGUACUGGCGAGUUGGGCUGCGCGUAUGCCGACGAUAGCUUGACGCUAGAAGAGACAAUCCUGUCGGCGUACUGUCGUGGUCUGGCCUCCAAGAAAAUUGAAGUUAUACGUGGAGCAAUGGCCGCCGUGGGCAUGGGAUACAAUGACUUGAAAAGGAUCUGUCCUACCGACAUAGAGAUAGCGUGUCAUAACAGCGCUGGAUCAUCUACUAUAUCGGGACCUAUUGAUGCAUUGAAAGAUUUCGUUGCUUCUUUGAAAAGUCGCGACAUUUUUGCAAAAGAAGUUCCUUGUGGCAACAUUGCAUACCAUUCUAAAUAUGUUGCUGCUAUUGGGCCAUUCCUAUUUGAGGCUUUAAAAGAGGUAAUAAAGCAUCCAAGGAAAAGAACCUCUAAAUGGUUAUCUACCUCGAUCUUGCAGAACAGGUGGGAUGAAGAUAUAGCGACAUUGUCAUCAGCGGAAUACUUCACUAAUAAUCUACUGAGUCCAGUAUACUUUGAAGAAACAAGUAAGUUGAUACCGAACGAAGCUGUGGUUAUUGAAAUAGCCCCACACGGACUGCUGCAGGCGAUAGUGAAGCGAUCUCAUGAGUCGUGCGAACAUGUUCCCUUAACGAGACGUGGACAUGAAAACCCAACUAAAUUUCUGCUCGAUGCUAUCGGACGGUUAUAUCAAAGUGGUCUGAAUCCGCAAUUACACAUGUUGUAUCCUAAAAUCGAGUAUCCAGUCGCCACUGACACUCCGCUGCUGUCAAAUCUUGUAGGCUGGGAGCACAGCGAAAAUUGGCCAACAAUUAAGGUACUAAAGAAAAUUCGAAAACAAACUCAAAUUUGUAACUAUUUGAUAACGCUUUAUGACGAUGAUAAAAAAUCUAUAAAUCGUUACACUAGAAAUGGUGUCAAUGUAAUUCCAGAAGCUCUACUUUUGGUUCUGACUUGGAAAACUUUAGCUAUGGCAAGAAAUGUCGAUCAUAACCAAUUGUCGGUUAAGUUCGACAAUGUGUACUUUAACCGCGAAGUAUCAUUUGGAGAAAACAAAUUUGUUAAGAUAAAAGUUUCUAUUAACAAAGGCAAUCACAGAUUUGAAAUAACAAAUGAUGAAAUAGUUGUUGCAACUGGACACAUAACGGACGACUUUAAAUCAGAAAAAUGCAACUUAGAGCCAGUGAAGGAAAACUCUGAAGAUGAUAUUUUAUUGACAUCUGAUGAAAUAUACCGCCUGUUGUAUCUUAGAGGAUAUACAUUUAAUAAGGAAUUCAAAGCUAUUCGCUCUGCAAACUCAACUAUUAGCAAAGCUACAGUCGAAUGGACUGGAGAAUGGAUGUCAUACAUCGAUGCACUAAUGCAACUUAACAUUAUGAAACGAAACCACAAUGGAAUAUCUACACCUAAAAUGAUUCAAGAGUUAGUCAUCGAUGUCAAUGAACACGUUUCGGGUGACUUAAAGGAAAAAGUUCAGCAUGAAGCUACAAUUUUUGACGUUUAUGAUACAGUAAGAUGCGGUGGUGUGACUAUUAAAAAUAUGCUAUUUUCUGACAGAACUGUAACUCGCACGAAAGUGUCUAGUAUUUUAUUAACUGAAAAAAACUGGUCCCUCGCUAUAGGAGAUAAUAUUGUAUCGGAUCGUUGCGGAGAUUGUAACUACACGCAUGUUUCUGCAAGCAACAGAGCUGAAGAAUUUAAAGUAACAUUGAAAACGCCGAAUGAUUUUGAGAGUGUCAGUCUUGAGCAAAUUGCUACUCCGAAAUCCCUUCCCAAUAAGACUAUAAAGGUCUAUUACGCCGGAGUAUCACAAAGAGAUUGCCAACAAUCUAUUUUCGGAAAUAAUUAUGUCAGUUUGGAUUUGGGUAUGGACUUCAGCGGGAAAGAUGUCAACGGCGAGCAGGUGAUGGGGUUGUUGGCGAAGGGAGCGCUGUCGAGCGUCGUGGUUCCAGACCCCGAGCUGGUGUGGCCUGUACCGUGCCACUGGAGCUUGCAGGAGGCUGCCACCGUGCCCUUGGCCUAUGUGCAUGCUUUCUAUAUACUCAGUAAAGCAAAGUUGAUAAGUGGAGAUCGAGUGUUGGUCAUCGGCGGGGCGGGGACGUUGGGCCUGGCCCUCAUUUCUGUUUGCUUGUCGCUGGGCUACGUCGUCUAUACAACUGUCAGCACUUUGCGUAAGAAAGAAGCCUUGCUCAAGCUAUACCCAAAUCUUAAAGAAAACGAUAUAAUAUGUGAGGUGAAUGAUGAAAUUUUAUAUGAUCGUAUCGUGAUACAAACUGACAAUCGGCUGUGCAAAGUAGUUGUAAGUUGCGCAUCUGGCAGAUUACGUGAGGUAGCAAUGAAAUGCGUUGGUUCUUUAGGAACGUUUUUGGAUGUCAAUCAUCAUGACGUGGAAUUAAACAAAUCUUUUGGGAUGAGCUAUAUGUGGCAAAGCAGGAAUUAUACAUUUGUCAAUUUAUCCAGUUUAUUUGAGAGAAACAUUAAGGCGGAGAAACAGGCAAUUAAAUUCGUGCUCGCCAAAGGUAUUGCCAAUGGGGUUGUGAAGCCAUUACCUUCAAUAACGUAUGACAUUGAAAAAGUGCCAAGGGCACUUAAAAUGCUCUCAUCAAAGAAUAACAUAGGAAGAGUUUUAAUAAAAAUGGACACGCUUCCUAAAAACAACAUAAUUCCUCGAAUCACUUGCUCUUCGACAGCAACAUAUCUAAUUGUUUGCGCAGAAGAUGUUCUUAGUUUGGAAUUAAUAGAACUUUUAAUUUGUCGCGGUGCCAGAAACAUUACAAUUAUUUGGAAUGGAUCUGCAACUGCUUACUUAUUGUACAAAAUAAGAUAUUUCAAAAAAUCUCAUACAUCAGUAAAUAUAGUUUUUAAAAAUGUAAUAAAUGAUCAGGAAUGUACUAAGGCUGUAAAGGAAGCUGGCGGUUCACUCGAUGGCGUAUUCUUUGUUGUUGGCAAAAAUGAAAAACAUUCUGAUGAUUUAUCAGAAGAGCAAAUACUUUUGGCAAGAAAAAAAAUUCUCCUGUCAACUAUUGCAAGCUUGGACUUUGCUACACGAUCUCUUUGCAAGAAUUUAAGAUACUUCGUUAUCGUGAGUGAAUUGUCCCGGAAUAUUUAUGAUACAAAAAUUUAUUUAGAAGCUGAAAAAAUAUGUAAGGAGCGUCAAGCUGUUGGUCUUCCGGGAUUGACUUUUGUAACUGAAAUGUCAAAUGAGUUGUCUAAAUACUUUGACUCGAACAACGAUAUUUUAGCUGAAACAAUACCUGAGGUGCUCAAUACAUUGGAAAGAAGUUUGUAUAUUAAUUACCAUUACAUUAAGGCUGUACUAGAGCCUUGCAGCGAUACAUGUUCUCUGGCAACUGGACGAAAUGACAUUGAUCCCAACACCACGGUCGUUGCAUUUAAAACAGUUAACGAAAAUGAAAGAAGAGAAAAAGGGAAGGAUAUUUCUGAGUUCAGUUUCACUAACGGCAAUGGAGAUUCUAUGUCGGAACAAAGCAAUGGAUUCCGUGUAUUUUAUUCUUAUAUUGAGUCUGACGUCAAUGAAAUCACGGGUCAUCCUCUAGUUAGGAUGUCCACCAAAGCCUAUCAAUAUUUCGAGGACAAAUUUGAAAUAGAUCCAAGUGUGACGCAUCUGAUACUUAUACCUGGCUUCGAAGGUCAUCACAGAAUAUUCGAGGAUCUCUGCGAGCCGUUGAAGAUAAGAGCCGCCACUAUGAAAUUGGACACAGAUUUAAACAGUUCCAGUAUUCAAGAAAUGGCGUUGAAUAUAUACAAGAUACUGUCAAGGAAACUACACUUUAAUAAGAAGUUUUAUUUGUUGGGAUAUUCUUUUGGUGUGAACGUGGCCCUGGAAUUGGCAGCUUUAAUAGAGCAACAAGGUGAGCGCGGUAUCGUCUACUGCUUGGACAGCAGCCCUGAUGCCCUGAAGCAUCUGAUGAAGACUUAUGCCGGUGAUUUAUCGAAUGCCAAUCUGCAAAAUGUAGUCGCCGCUCGUAUGUUUCAUCUGACGACUGGAUUAAAUAGUGAAGAGUUUAUGAAGGAAUUGGAGACUAUUGACAGCUGGGACAAGAAGAUUGACAUAUUCAUUCGACGUGUUAAAAAACUAGUUCCGUAUUCACAUGAUUAUAUGAGAUCUUUGUUAGAAACGACAUAUGAUAGAUUUGUAUUAGCGAGGGAAUAUCAACCGAAUCUUAAAUUAAAUUCUGAACUGAUUCUUAUAAAGUCAACUGCUUCUGCCGAAUUCGUUAAUCUACCUGACGAUUAUAAUUUGGGAAAGUACUCGGAGAGACCCGUCAAAGUUUAUAAUAUUGACGGGGACCAUGCCUCGGCCCCGUACGAUGUUAGAGUACCAACUAUUAUAAAUGACUCCCUUGAAACAAAACUGUUGGAUGAAUUUAAUAAGACAAACUCAUGUCAGACGUAUUUGUUUUAUGAAUGAUUUUCUAUACAUGCUAAGUAUGUGUCAGUGCGGUGCAUAACAUUUUCAUUGUAUUUGGUUAAUAUUUCUUAUUUAAUUUUUAAUAUUGUUUAUUUAAAAAUUGUGGUU